AUGGUUUGCCAGAAAGAACCUCUCGUACAGAAAGUCUGCGAUCUGUAUGAGCAAAUCUCGAGCCUUGAGAGUCUCAAACCCUCCAAAGAUGUCGACAUGCUCUUCACAAAACUUGUUCUCACGUGCAUCCCACCAAACCCUAUCGAUGUCAACAAGAUUUGCAAAAAAAUUCAAGAAAUGAGGUCUAAGCUCAUUAGACUUUGUGGAGAAGCUGAAGGACAUUUAGAGAGUCAUUUCUCAACUAUCUUAGGCUCCUAUGACAACCCUCUUGACCAUCUUAAUGUCUUUCCAUACUAUUCAAACUACCUUAAGCUUAGCCACCUUGAGUUCAACAUGCUUAAGCAACACUACACCAAUGUUCCUAGCAAAGUUGCCUUCGUGGGUUCUGGUCCCCUUCCCUUGACUUCAAUCGUCUUAGCCUCCAAGCACCUUACCACAUCUUCCUUCCACAACUAUGAUAUUGACCCUUCAGCCAAUUCAAUGGCUCUUAAGUUGGUCCAAUCGCAUCCUGACUUGUCAAACAGAAUGUUCUUUCACACAACCGAUAUAAUGAAUGUGACAAGUGAGCUUCAAGAGUUUGAUGUCGUCUUCUUGGCAGCUUUAGUUGGGAUGGAAAAGGAGGAGAAGGUUAAAUUUAUUGACCAUUUGGCUAAGCACAUGGCUCCUGAGGCUAUUUUGAUGCUGAGGAGUGCUCAUGGUGCUAGGGGUUUUCUCUAUCCGGUGAUUGAUCCUUGUGAUCUUCGAGGAUUUGAUGUUCUUUCUGUGUUUCAUCCAAGUGAUGAGGUGAUAAAUUCAGUUGUCAUCGCUCGUAAAUAUUCAAUGCCUAUAAAUUCAAUCGAUCAUCACCAGACUGGUCUUGGCUCCAUGAUAGUACUGCCUAACAAGUGUUCUGAUCAGAUCCAAGCUUUCAGUCCCCUCAACCAUGGCAUGGUUGAAGAAUUGGCCAUUGAAGAGCACCUCUCAUAA